GUGCGGCGGGUGGCCUCGGAGGCGCUCGGCAUCUUGGAGGAAGAUCUGAAGGAUGACACUCCCUUGAUGCAGGCCGGGAUGACCUCCCAAGGCGCCGAGGUGCUGCGGGUCCUCCUCGCCCAGGAACUCCAGCGCCCAUUGCCACGGACCUUGGCGCUGGACCAUCCGACGGUGGGGUCCCUUGCGCGCUUCCUGGCACCUUCGCCCACUCCUCCGAAGCCCUUGCCUGGCGCCGCUUCCUUGGCCCGCUGGGAGCGGCCCCUCUGUUGGCGCACGGAGCUGGGCGCGGGCGAGGCGCUGGCCGCCGGGGCGGCGGGCUGCGACGCGGCGGUGCGGGUGCCGCUGGCGCGCUGGGACGUGGAGGAGUUGGGGUCGACAGCCAAGCACGGGGUCUUCUUAGAGGACCUCGAGUUGUUCCAGGCGGAAGUCUUCCACAUGUCCCCCGCGGAGGCCGCAGUGGUGGACCCCGGGCAGCGGCUGCUGCUGCGCUGCGCCGCGGAGUUCUGCGGAGGCCAUGGGUUUGGCGGCGGAAAGGACGUGGCGGUGGUGCUGGCACAGUUCCAGAGUUUGAUUCUUGCCACGCAGCUCAACGAGUAUAGUAUCACGCCAAUCCUCUCAGGUUUCGACCUGGUGGGCCCGAGCUUCCAGGUGGACUGCGCCUGCUCCAGCGCCCUCGCGGCACUGCACCUGGCUGCCCUGGAAGGCCAAGAGGCGCUGGUGGCAGCCGUGAAUUUGUUGCUGCACCCCAGCGCCCAGAUCUACUUCAGCUGCGCAGGGAUGCUGUCCAGCCGGGGUCGCUGCCGAAGUUUCGACGCCAGCGCUGACGGCUAUGCCCGUGCGGAGGCCGGGGGCGUCCUGCGCCUUGGGUUGCCGGAGGAGGAGGAGGGGCCGCGGCUGCUGGGCUCCUGUGCUGGGAAGCCCAGCCAUAUUUAUGGCAUUUCCUAA